GUACUACCUAGCAAAUAUCAUACGAUCCAUGGCUUAGUAAAGUACUGAGGUGACAAUGGAGACCACAGACCAUGCUACUGAGAGAGACCGUGCUACUGAGAGUGACCCUCUGAAGAGAGGAGAGGAUGGGGCGGAGACAGGAAUAGCACUAUCAGCAAAAGUGCUAAAGAACAAGAGUUUUGCCAAACUGACCCACUGGCGAACCGCAGUCUUCUUCCUCUCCUUGUUCAUCUGCCUCAUCAUAGUGUUUGCCUUCUCUUUCAUCAUCCCGUGUCCUGUGAGACCACAGUAUCUCAUCACCUGGAACCGGACAUUCUCUGAAGCAGCAACCUAUGACUUCUUAGCUAUUGAAGCUGCAAGCAACGACAAGGUGAUGGAUGUCCUAUUUGUUCUCAGAAUGAAAGAAGGCAGUCAGAACAAUACAUGUACUGAUGCAGGGCUGCCCUCGCCGUGUAUGUUUGUGUUAGCAGUGGAUGGGACAGAUGGAGAGACCUUGUGGGAGCGUCCACUCCAUCCCGAGUUCCACUGGGCCCAGUGUGGUUUGGAUAAAGGAACUCAAAGAAACUGGGACUGUCUGCUAUCCCAUUCUGACCAGUUCACAGCCAUUGACAAAUCCUCUGGUGCAAUUAGGUGGCAGCAGCCUCAGCCACCCAGUUUGAACAGCACUGUACCUGCUCUUAGUGUCCCAGAUCUGGAUGGCGACAAAGUCAGUGAUGUGGCUCUGGUGGCAUCUGACAACACACAGACUCAGCUGGUAUUCCUGUCAGGGAAGACAGGCAUCCAAAUUGGUUCUACAGUAGUUCUUGACUCCACACAAACAGCCAGUCAUCUUCUCCAUCACACUGCAGAGGGUUCUCACUAUGUUCUGCUCCAGAAAGACUCUGGCCUAUAUGGACUGGCACUGUGGAGGAUUGCUGCGAAAGCUAAACCAGGGAUGGAGGUCGGCCUGAAGAAGGAUAAAUACUGGGAGAGAAAGGCCAAUGCCACAUCUGGCCUUGUACCUGUCUACAAGUCUGACUCAGUGAGACGAGUGCUGAGAACAGAAGGAACAGAUGAUCCAUCCAACCUGCUGUUUGUGACUGAAAAGGAGGUCGCAUUAAUUGAUGGAAAAAAUCUGCAGCUACAGUGGAGAUUCAACACCAGCUCAGUCUUCACUGAGCCCUCCUUUGGCCACUUUAACAAAGAUGGCUUACUUGAUAUUGUGGUUGAGGAGGAUGUUGGCAACUACACAAAGAGGGUGAUUAUUCUAGAUGGGAAGUCUGGUGGCGUGCUGUGGGAAGUCAACCUCAUGGCCAGUCCUAACUCACCAAGACCUGACUCAAUACAUACCACCAACUCCUACUCCAUUUUUGUGCUCUGGGGCACAAUUCCAUCAGAGAUCAACUCCUCUGUACCGUUAAUCAGUGACCGACGUUCUUACAUGCUGCACCCUCUCUAUUCGAAUGUCCUCCUCGAGUCAAACAGUGUCAUGGACCACAUUGUAAUGUUUAAAGCCACACUGUUGGAGCAUGGUCGCCAUGCUGCCUACAUCCUGCUGACAGGUCCUGGGACGAAUGGAGCUGAAGGCACUGUGGAGCUAAGGAAGCAGAAACUGAAGCAGGAGGUCCCUUACAGCAAAGUAAUCCGUAUUGGCACUGGAGGAAACUCUGAGACCGAUGAGUACAUCAAAGAGGCCUUCAACCGACUCCGCUUCAGCGACUGGUGAAAGGAACUGUGACGUACACUGUAUCCUCAGUGUUAAAACCAGUUUGGCAGCACUGACUGUACAGUGGCUUAACUUGACUUUAUAAACCAAAGUGUGUACACUAGUUUUGACUUUUCAACUGCUGACAACUAAAAUUACUUGUGUUUAGACUUGUCUUGGUUUCCAGGGUACUUCUGUGAAUCUCCAUAGGACAAACUGGGCAUUAUACAUCUUCAGGCAUGAAUGUGUACACACUAUAAUAAUUUUAUGUAGUAUCCACAGAGCUGCUGUUCCAUGACAAUCACAGACGACUUGUGGUCUGCUGCUGAAAUAUGCAUCACAAGUACCUGUCUCGCUGUAUUGUUUUUAGCACUGCAUCAAUGCAGUGGUCUUGAUUUGAUUGCAGGGGCUGGAUUCUUAUUUGGAUCUAUGCAACUGUAUGUCGUCAUGUGUAUUUUAAAUCAUAUUAGCUUUAAAGAAAUUGCCACACAGUGGUAUGGCUUCCUUUUGGUAUUCUUGUAUCAAACUGUACAAUACAACAUUACACUGCCAGGCAAACGUUUGGACACACUUUCCCAUUCAGUUCAGUAGGAAAGUGUCCAAACUUUUGACUGCAGUGUAUGUGGUUGCAUUUUUUGUUACAAAUCAUAUUUGUGAAAGCAUUGGUAAGGCAGUCUUUUAGUCACAGGUACUGCUGUUGAUGUGUGUGAGUGUUCCUAUUUACUUAAUCCAAGAUGCUGUUACCUGUGAUGCUUUGUAACCGAGUAAACCUUAGGGGUGCUCAAUGCUGUAUCUCAAAGUUUCACCAUAAUAACUGUGUUACUGAUGUGGAUUUACAGCUUUUUGUAAAGCUGAUUGUUGUCUCA